UCAAGUUUUUGUUUUGGCUUCAAUCCUUGCCUUGUCUCCUUCCCUCCCAGUGCUUAUGUCUCUGCUGAGUACCUCUCCUCUCUCGCUCUCUAACACUAAACAAAGCUCUCUCUCUUUCUAUCUGCUCUGCUGAGUCUCUCUCUCUAAAGUCGAUAAAAAGCUCUCUCUCUCUCUCUGGUCGGGUGAGCGAGGCUUUUACUGAAUCAUAUAGUUGAUUUUUCAGGCUAUUGUUGAUCUUUACAUAUUGGAGAAUCUAGGUUUUCGGGAGUCAUAGCAAGAAAAGGUUUUCAUUCCCUCAUCUCAACAUUUAUAUGAACAGGGUAUGCUUUCUUUGAUGUGAGAAUGGGAAAGCCUUCUGCCACAAAAGGAGUUAAAAGAACAAGAGCAUUGAAAGAGUGUGAUUUAGAUCGAAGAUAUAAGAAACAUACUGUUGAUGAAAAUUUUCCAUCUGAUGCAUCACCAGUUUUUUCAGAUGAAGAACCUUCUGACAAAGUUACUUUUGAAGAAGUCACUAAUGGAGAAUCUUCAAGAUAUGAUCUGUUGUUAAAAGUUAUUGGAUCAGGAACUAGAUCUGUUGCUGACCCUUAUACGAUAGGGAGAAGAGAAGAGCAAGGUUUGAGUGACAUGGGGGAAGAUGAAUCUGAAUUUGAGGAUAAAUCUUCUGAAAACGAACAUAGUGAUGGUGGAUCAGAGCUGAAGAGUCAAGCCCCUGAUGAAGAAUCAGAUCUCGAUCUGGAAAGUGACGAUCAAUUGGAAAAUGGGGCUGCAGAAUGCACCAGUUCCUUUAGGAUUCAUCUUGGACAUACAUUGUCUGAAGAAGAAGUCAAAUGUUUGAAUACUGGGAAAUGGAUGUUUGAAUGGGAAGUUCCUGCAAUUGGCAUGCCAAUGUCCAAAUGGAAGGGGACUGGGCAGUGUUUUCUGAAGGAAAAAGAAACAAAAGCUGGUACUGACCUUAAGGUGCAGUUGUAUCAACAUUGGAUGGAUGUUUAUGCGAAUUCAGGGUCGCAAGAUUUAAGUUCUUCCAUGCAGGGACAGUUCUUCUCUUUGUGCAAUAGUUACAGGGAUAUACUACAUACAAACAAAAAGCCGUUUUAUCUUAAAGGUUCAUUUGAGGACUCAAAUGUCAUGGAUGCGUACAUUAUACAUUCUUUGAAUCAUGUCUAUAGAACUAGAGAUCUUGUGAUGAGAAGCAAUGAGAAGUUGGCCAAGCAGAUGCGAAAUGAUGAACACGCUCCUGAUGUUGGUGUUGACUUCUUAGAUCAGGGCUUUACUCGUCCAAAGAUUUUGAUCUUAUUGCCACUAAGAAGCAUUGCGCUCCGUGUUGUGAAGAGGAUGAUAGAGCUGACACCUCCAACACGCAGAGUUAAUGUGGAGCAUAUGGACCGUUUUAUUGAGGAAUUUGGAAGUCCAGAGGUUGAAAAUGAUGAUAACCAGAACGAGUUGGCUCAUAAGAAAGGGAGUGCGAAACCUCAGAAGUCCUCAAAACCUGUUGACUUUGAAGCCCUCUUCAGUGGAAACAAUGAUGAUCACUUUCGAAUUGGCAUCAAAUUUACUCGGAAAAGCAUAAAGCUCUACGCUGACUUCUACAAUUCAGAUAUGAUCAUUGCAUCUCCUCUUGGUCUAAUCACUAUAAUUGCAGAGGCUGAGAGUGAGAAGGAAAAGGAUGUUGAUUUUUUCUCUUCUAUAGAGGUAUUGGUAAUUGAUCAUGCAGACGUAGUAGCAAUGCAGAAUUGGACCCAUUUGAAUUCUGUUGUGGAGCAUCUAAACUGUAUACCAUCUAAGCAACAUGACACUGAUAUUAUGCGUGUUAGAAAGUGGUACUUAGAUGGGCAUGCUCGUUUCUAUCGACAAACAAUAUUGUUAGGUGGCUUCGUUACUCCAGAAAUGAAUGCAUUGUUCCAUCAACAUUGUGUCAACUACGAAGGAAAGGUUAAGGUUCUUUGUGCAUAUAAAGGUGUUCUUCCGAAUGUGCUUCUUCCUGUACGGCAGGUUUUUGAGCGGUUUGAUGCCCCAUCUAUUGUCGAUGCUGAUGAUGCACGUUUUAGUUUCUUUGUUAAGAAGGUGUUCCCAAAGAUUAAGGAUUCUCUUCAGGGUGGUAUUAUGCUGUUUACCAGUUCAACUGCUGAAUUCAUCAGGGUCAGAAAUUUCUUGAGAUCACAAAAUUCUUCAUUCUGUUUGCUUGGGGAGUACACAAAGCCUGCUGAUAUAUCUCGUGCACGCCUGUGGUUUUUUGAGGGCAAACGAAAAAUCAUGCUGUACACUGAAAGGGUUCAUUUCUAUCAUCGGUACAAGAUCCGUGGCAUCAAGGAUGUGAUCUUUUACUCCCUACCUGAGAGAAAAGAUUUCUACUCGGAGAUACUAAAUAUUCACGGAGCGACUGAAAAUGCUUUCUGCACAGUUCUCUUUACAGAAUUUGAUAAACUCAAGCUUGAGAGAAUUGUAGGGACAUCUAAUGUGAAAAAGAUGCUGCUCUCAAAAGAAAAAAAAGAAAAGGAUCCCACAUCCUCAGAGAAGAAGACAUUUUUGUUUUGGUGAACCAAAAAUUAUUUUCAACAAAAAAAAUUUAAGAAUUAUUUAGGAAGUGAUCAAGUAAAUUGGUCAAAGAAAGUUCAGGAGAUUGGCGCUUCAUGAAGCUAUCCAUCCACUAGGCAUGAAAUGCCUUGCGGAAUUGCCGAGUGUAUUUUAAUUUAUGUUCCUUUUAAAAAAUGUUGUAUUUAAAUGUUUGCAUAAAAAAAUUUGUGUUUUAUGCAAUGUUUUCAGCAAAUCUAGCCCACUGUAUAAUUUUGUACUUGGAAUAUAUUGGCUAAAUUAUAACAACAGAUGAUGUUAGAGAGAGAGAGAAAGAGAGAUCCUUUUGAGA